AUGCAUUGCGACAAGUCCAAGAUAUGGGGGUAUCUAACAAUUGUUGGUGCCGCCCUUUUCCACUUGUCUCUUGGCUAUAACUACACCAUUGGAAACAUGAACCCAUACCUAAUUUCCUACAUGAAUAUAACAGCUGGAGAAACUGUGUGGUUCCAUGCAGUCGUCAUAUCUGGGCAGGCUCUAUCUAUGCCACUUGGUGGUUAUUUGGAGUCCAAGAUUGGAUUUCGGCCUGUUGUAGCAAUUGGUGGAAUUAUGUGCAGUGGUGGCGUGGCUCUGUCUUCGUUGACCGUUAAUCAUGGCAUUGGUCCUUUCAUUGUUACUUACGCUGUUAUGUUUGGGCUUGGAAUGGGCUUGCCCUAUUCGGUUCUCUUCACCAUCGCAGCAGCCUGGUUCCCUAAGCAUCGGGCCGUUGUUGUUGGAAUAAUUCUUGGAGGAUUAGGAAUGGGUGCUCUGGUUUUUACACCUACUCAAACAGCCCUAAUUAACCCAGAUAAUCUGGACACUUCAGACGAAAGAGUGAGGAGCAGAAUCCCUACAUCAUUCCUCAUUCUUGCCGCACUCAUGUUUGCUCUGCAAUUAAUUGGGUUUUUCCUAUGUCGUAAAUAUAAGCCUCCUGCAGAAGAAGAAGAAAAAGCUGAAGAGGAAUCCAGUGAACUAGAAAUUUCUGUCGACCAAACUCUUGCUACAGAUGUGUACAAGCCUGACCAUAAAAUUGAACACGUGCAAAUAACCUAUGACUAUACAAUCACUGAAGCACUUCGAUCCAUCGACUUUUAUCUCAUCGCCUUUUUGGUAUUUAUAAACACCGUCCCAAUCACAUUGCAGGCUUCUUCCUAUAAGUUCCCUCUCGGCUGGAUGCUUGUUCAGUGGGCCCUCCUAUUUGGCACUUUUCCAGCGAUUGCCACGACGAGUGCUUUCAGGGCACUUUUCGCUAUCUGGGUGUUCCUGCUCUUCUUCACAAUGGCUGGACACUUUGUACUUUUACCUGGAGCGUGUUCACGCAUCUUUGGACCAAAGUACAUGGCCACGACAUAUGGAUUGCUCUACUUCACAACAGUAAGUAGCCACGACCACCCUAGUAUUGACGCCCCAAGUGCCCUUAUUCUGGCAGCAAUCGUGUCACAAUUCGACAUUGCGCAAAACUUUGACCUGGUAUUUUAUUGCUGUUGCGGACUUUGCUGUCUAGGUAAGUACUCUAUUUCUAUUUUUAUGGCCAAGUGGUAG